GUGUCCUGCAAGCAGCAAAGGGAAAACUUGGGGGCUCACAUGUCAAUCUUACUAAACUGUCCAUGAGCAAGCCUCUUCUGGGAGGUGGUGGAAGUGUUGGGCAAAGCAGGAAUGGGGAGCGGAAUGAGGGAAACCCAGCAGUUCUCUCUGCAGAGGCUGAGCUACGGAGAGAUGGUUUGGGGCCAUCGUUUUAUGAAGAGGAAGAAGACAGAGAAGUGGCUGAACUUAUGGGUGAGGAUGUUUUCGCUUCAAAUAUGGAUCUCCACUGGGCUCAGAAUCACCAAAUGGGUGGUGAUCCUCAGGACUGGCUUCGCAAUGAAAACCUUCUGCCACAUCAAACCAUAGAGAAGCUCACAAAGUGGACUGUGUACCAAGAUGAUGAACAUGCUCAAAAAAUUCCCAUACACAAUGGCAGGGGCCCAUGGGAAUCAGAGGAUCCUACUCAAAAUAUGUUGGAGGACAGACUCAACAGCACUCAGGUCCUCAUGCCAGGAAGUAGCCAGGCUGUGGAGGUGGAUGAAGUGGAGGACUUGUCACAAUUGCAAGAAGUGAGUGAGAGUUCAGUGCUGCUGAACCUGAAGAAGAGGUUUCAACGGGAUUCCAUUUAUACGUAUAUUGGCAAUAUGCUGUUGUCAGUCAAUCCCUUUAAGCCUCUGAAUAUCUACACAGAGGAACUGAGAGAGCAGUACCAAGGCAAAGAGAAGCACAAUAACCCACCCCAUGUUUACGCUAUCGCGGAUGCUGCCUUUUGCCAGUCCCAAAACUCCACCCAAGAGCAAUGCAUAGUCAUAAGUGGCCAGAGUGGAUCUGGGAAGACUGAAGCAGCCAAACUUAUUGUCCACUACCUAAGCUCCAUGUAUCAGGGUAGAAAUGACAACAUCCGUCAGCCAAUGGAUGUCUUGCCUAUAUUAGAGAGCUUUGGUAAUGCCAAAACUAUACUCAACAACAACUCUAGCCGUUUUGGCAAAUACCUACACAUACACAUACGGCAAGGUGUUGUUGUUGGGACUUCACUGUCAAAAUAUCUCCUUGAGAAAUCACGAGUUGUUUUCCAGGCCAAUGAAGAAAGGAACUAUCAUGUUUUUUAUGAGUUGCUGGCAGGGUUGAAUCAGUGGGACAAGCAGGAUCUGUAUCUACAGGGAGCCGAGACUUACUACUAUCUCAACCAGGGUGGUGUCUGUGAGCUGCAAGGAAAGCAUGACAAGCAGGACUUUUUGCUUCUUGUACACUGUCUUGAGACAAUUGGCUUACACGCAGAUCAGAUAGCCACCAUUUGGGCUAUCCUGUCAUCUAUUCUACAGCUAGGCAACAUCUGCUUCAGCUCAUAUGAGAGUGAGUCAUUUGAGGUGGCAAGGAUCUUUAGUGAGGCUGAAGCUCGGAGAGUGGGUAACUUAUUACAGGUGUCAGCUGAAGCCCUACAGACUGUUAUUACACACCGAGUCACAGAAACAACUUAUGACAGAAUCUACUGCCCCCUUUCUGUGGAAAGUGCCAUUGAAUCCAGGGAUGCCAUUGCCAAAGCCCUGUACUCUGUGCUCUUUGAUGGGCUGUUUGAACGCAUCAAUGAGUGGCUGAUCCCCACAGAGAUGGACAGCACUGUUGGCAUCGUGGACAUUUACGGGUUUGAGGACCUGGGUGUGAACAGUUUUGAGCAGCUGUGCAUCAAUUUUGCAAAUGAGCAGCUCCAGCAAUUUGUGAACAAAGCCCUAGUGUCACAGGAGCAGGAGGAAUAUAACUCUGAGCAGAUUCAGUGGUAUCCCGUGACCCUUCAGAAUUUCCACCCCUGUCUGGAACUCAUCUCUGCACGACCACAUGGCAUCCUUCGCAUCCUUGAUGACCAAACCUGCCUUCCGCAGGCUACAGACCACACAUUCCUGCAGAAAUGUCAUUAUCACCAUGGCAACAGCCCCUACUACGCCAAGCCCAAGAUUCCUCUGCCUGUCUUUACUGUGUAUCACUAUGCAGGAGCUGUCACCUACCAGGUUCACAACUUUCUGAACAAAAACCAUGACCAGUUUCGCCCAGAGGUAUUAGAGCUCUUUGCACGCAGUAGAUUGCAGAUGGUGUCAGGUUUGUUCCGUAAGGUGCAGGAGCGCUACAUCCAGCAGAGAGAGUUGGGCUUCAGAGGGAAAAGCUACCGGCACCAGGCCUCUACUGUAGCUGCACACUUUCAGCAGUCACUCACUGAGCUCAUCACACGGGUAGAGAGGUGUAAAACCACAUUUAUCCGAUGUUUUAAACCAAACUAUGUCAAGCUCCCUGGAUUAUUUGAUGUGGACUACAUCACUACACAGUUGAGACAUGGAGGAAUACUAGAGACUGUUCAUAUUAGAAAGGAGGGAUUUCCCAUUCGCAUCCCUUUCAAGUAUUUCAUGGAAAGAUAUGGUGUGUUGCUAACACAGCGGCCUAUACAGCUCUCUGAUAAAGAACAGGUGGUUUCCUUGCUUGAGGUUGUUGGCGCUGAAGAUAGUCAGUACCGACUAGGACGGACUAAGGUGUUUAUGAAGGAGUCUCUGUACCAGCUGGUGGAGGAGAAAUGGAGCAGCACUCAGACUUGGGCUGCCAUCACCAUCCAGAGGAACAUUCGUGGCUUCAUCUGCCGACGCAACUUUCGCUUCUUCAAACAGAAAGCCAUCGUCAUCCAGUCCCACAUUAGAGGUCACCAGGCCAGGAAGUAUUUUAAGAGACUAAAGAACUCCUUCACUCAGUUCUGGGCAACAAUGAUGAUUACCAGGAACACCAUCAAAAAACGACAUUGGAGGGAGCACGACGAGAGAACCAGAGUGAAACACACGACCAGAACCCAGUCUACCUAUUCAGGGAUGGAUGUGGGAAUGUUGGAGAUUCCGGCUGAACUAUCAGCCAGAUUGCGAAGUUCAGCAGGGCGUCCACAGGGGUCAGGCGUCACAGAAGUAGCCCCACCACAGGUGAAAGCAGAGCACAAACUCUCCCUGCCCCGUGAUAUUGACAGCAUCCCUUUCUCUCGAUAUGCCAACACAGUUCUGAAGGAUGGAUGGUGCCAGGCUCAGGGUCAGUCACUUCAGAGAUCACUCACCUCUCUGGAGCCAGAAGAUGCCCACACUGCCCUGGAGAUUUACAAACUGAUCCUGCGUUUCUGUGGAGACUCAGAGCUGACUGGCUGGCAGGAGCAGAUGUUGGGGAACUAUAUAGUGGAGAAAGGCCAGACCAGACCUUCACUCAGGGAUGAGAUUCUGGCCCAGCUAACCUAUUACACUUGGGAUCGGGAGGGUGAGGAGGGCUCAGUGAGAGGCUGGCUGCUUCUGGCCUGUUGCCUCAGUGCCUUCACCCCAUCCCCUACCUUGGACAAACCUCUUCUUAAGUAUGUGUCAGAUCGGGGUCCAGGAGAAUACCGCUCUCUGUGUCAGCAUAAGCUGCUCACGUCUCUCCAGCUGCCUGCGCCUGCCUGCAGACAUCAUCCACCCACUCAACUAGAAUGGACUGCCAAUCAGAGGAAAGGGAAGAUGGUUGUGGAUGUCAACACCUUCAAUGAGGAGACACUAACAGCAGAGGUGGAGUCCUGGACCACAGGAGAACAGCUGGCUUCCUGGCUCCUGAGCUUCAGGGGUGUUCCUGAGGCUGAUCGAGGCUGGUCUGUGUCUCUGCUGGCUGGAGAGGGCUGGACUGACCUGAAUGGUUCUGACUAUGUGAUGGAUCUGUUGGGUGGAGUGGAGGGUGAUGUUGCCUUGGGCCAGCCACCUGCCCACCCUGAUUAUCUCUUCAGUGACAUGGGGGACAGGGCAAUGCCCCCAGAGAUGGAUGACUUCAUCCCUCCUGCUCCGUCCAUGCAGGCUCCUGGCCUCCCUCCUUUUGAAGGAGCUCAAUGGGACACUUUUGGUCCACCUAGCAGAUCGCAGGGAUCCCGAGGUCCCCAGAUGGAUGCCUAUGUGGAUGAUCUUUUUGAUCCUGUGCUGGAUCAGGGUCCUCCGGACUUUGAACGUAUGGCCAUGCUGAACCGGAGAAUGAGGGGAGGAGGAGGGAUGCAGCCUAGCAUGUUUACUGGAGCAGGUGUUCCGAUGACAAUGCCAGGUUAUUCUAUGGGAAUGCCCAUGAAUCCAGCCAUGCCAGGCUAUGGUGCCGCACCAAUGAUGCCAAACAUGAUGGGUGCUGCUGCUCCCAUGCCUAUGAUGCAACCCAUGCCAGCUAUGAUGAUGCCAGGUGCCAUGCCCCAAACUCCUGUGCCUGCAACCCCCCCAGCUGUCAACCCACAGCAGCUGGCUGAACAACAACAAGCUUUCAUCAAUCAGCAAGCUUUGCUUAUGGCUCAGCAGAUGACACUGCAGGCUAUGACUCUCUCCCAACAGCAGCAGAUGGAGCAGCUACAAAAACAGCGCCAGCAGUCGCAGCAGCAACAGCAGCAGGCAGAGCAACGUCUACAGCCGCAACGUCCACAACCACAGCGCCCACAGCCGCAGCGUCCACAGCCACCCACUCCUCCAGCAGAACCUUCUCUUAUCCAUUCCCCUGCAGGUCAAACUACUAAGCCACCUGUGCAGCAAAACAUUCCAGAGCCUGCAAGAGAAGUUAACUCUACCAGCUCUAAUCAGCCAGAAUCCUUCCAGGAGAAGAGAGCCUUUUUCCAGAACAUUGGAGUUCAGGACACUCGUCCGAAGCCUGCACCAAAGGUUGCUAAACCACUGAUCUAUGCCUCUCCACCACAGACACAGCCCACCUCCCCAGUGAAGACUGAAGAAGUGAGGCCACUUCCAGAGCCGCCCAGACGAGCAGAAUCACCACAACCGAAAAGGGAAUCUCCUCCAGCCUCGCCGAGUAAAACAGAGCCCAGCAGUAACAUCCGAGAAAUCAUCAAAAAGUACCAAACUCGGCCUCCUCCAGAGCCCAAGGCCUUUGAGCCUGUCAGGGUUCCUGCCAAGCAGUUUAAAAAAAAGAACGACCCUAAAGAGGAAGCGCUGGCCAUUCUGAGAGCCAAAGGGCCGGUCACCCAGCAGAAGAAACAGUGGUCCCCUCCUCCACCUCCCCAAAAAGUGCCCCCUGCACCCCCACUUGAGCCUGAAAAACGUUCUUCUCGCUCCAUCUCUAGCAGCAUGCGGCAGAAGCAGCGCUCUCUAGCUGACCUCUUUAGCUCUCAGGCCCCGCCCCUACUCCCACCUCCACCUCCUCCAGGCCCCUCCCCAUCUCUGCCCAUUGACAUCCCUGAGCCACCCCCGACACCUGCACCUGGACUGAAUGAUCUUCAGAGAAUGGCCAAUGAGGAGAGUGUUCAGUCUCAGCUGCACAAGUUUUCUGCCAGUGUCUACUUCUCCUAUUCACAAAUGCCUGGCAAGCUUUUCCUGCGCAAAGAGUUGUUCUACCCCAGAGAGAAAUUCAAUCACCCUUACAUUCUUAAUUUACUGUGUGAGCAGAUUAUGAGAGACACCUACUCAGAUUCCUGUGUGAGAAUUUCACGUGAAGAGCGACGCAAAAUGAAAGAUCUGCUGGCGAGUUUUCACAUUGGAACGAGCAUCAGAGCUGUGCAGGAUGAUGCUAUGAAGAAGAGGGUUGUCAUGGCAGCAAGAGACAAUUGGGAAAAUUAUUUCUCACGCCUCUUCCCUGUGAAAGGUGGAAAUGGAGGUGACGCUCAGAUUCUUGGUGUUUCUCACCGUGGCAUCAGACUGCUGAAAGUGGCCAAAGCAUCAGGCAUCAACCCAAAACACCUAAAACUGCUGCGUAGCUACAGUUAUGCAGAGCUGUUGUCUGUGGAGCAGCAGGGUGCUGGGACAGUUCUGAUCUGUCUGAAAAGUGAGGAAUUACAGCUACACUCCCCACAAGCUCCUCAGAUCACUGCUGUUGUGCACCUUUUCCUUGCCGAACUCACUAAGGGCUCAGAGUAUGUUGUUGCUCUGAAGAGCUAUGUGACAGAUGACAAGAGCCUGCUUAGUCUCCAGAGAGGCGACAUCAUCAAACUGCUACAUGUGGAUGGGCUCCAAGAAGGGUGGAGUUUCGGCUCAGCAGGAGGACGCUCUGGUCUCUUUCCUGUAGACAUCACUCAGCCUUCUGCACCACCAGACUACCACAGCACCUACAUGGAGCGCCAGCUCGAGAGGAGAAAAAGCAUGAGGGUCUCUGGUAGCUCAUUAGCGCCCCCCACUGGCCGCUCAUCUCAGGUCAGCAAGCCUAUGGGCUCGGGGGCCAGCGAGCGCAGUGUGGAGGAGGGGUCAAUCCAGGGCUCAGAGUUAGACCUCCAGCACCACCACAUGACUGCAUUUGCCAUGAAGUACUUCAGAGAAGCUAUUCUAAGACCGAAUGAGCGAGGUCAACCCAAUGGAGUAAAAAGCCUUGAAGAGAUGGUGCAGUACACUGCAGAGCCCAUCAAAGAGUCUCUCAUCCUCUACUCAGACAAUGAACUCAAUGUUCUGGGUGUUCAGAGUUUCAUGAAUAUAAUGCAGUUCAUGACUGACAAGCCCAUGAAGAAGGACCAGACAGAAGGAAAAUGCGUGAACUACAUUCUACAGCUUGGAAAAGAGAAGGAGUUUCUUAGAGAUGAGAUCUACUGUCAGAUCAUCAAGCAGACCUCCAACAAUCCAGCCAGAGAGAGCUGUACUCGUGGCUGGCGCCUGCUGAACUUAGUCACUGGUUUCUUUCCAUGUUCCAACACAUUACUGCCUUAUGUAAUGCGCCAUCUACAGAGCUGCACUCAGGAUCCCAAUCACCCAUAUCAAGAGCUGUCUCGUGCAUGUGAAGAUAAUCUCAAACGCUCACUCACUUACGGAGGACGCAGACAUAUUCCUUCUCAUGUGGAGAUGGAAGCUAUUUUGGCUGGACGUAGUUCCCGGCGUCUGCCUAUCCUGCUGCCAGGUGGAGUUGAGUUUCCAUGCAAAGUUCGCAGCUUCAGUGUGGCGCAGGAGGUAGUGUCAGACGUUUGCACGGAGAUGGGUGUGAAUAUUCCAGCUGAGGUGCAAGAAUUUUCCAUCCAUGCCACCCGGAGACAGGAUGGAGAAGUUCGUCCCAUUCACCCAGACGAGUAUCUGUUUGACUUCCUGCUGGAUGACAACUCAAUCAUCCUCUCCUUCCAUCGGCUUCUCUGGCAGCAGCCCCUGCACUUUGACAAUGAACUUUAUGUGGAGUUUCAUUACCAGCUGGCUCUGGCUAAUUAUCUGGAUGGAAAACUCCUCUUGCUCGGCAAUGCUUCCCCAGUUCAGCAGCAGGUGGCAGAGUUGGCUGCUCUUCAGCACCUCGCUCUGGGCUUAACUCAGCUGCCUACUAUGCAAGUGGUGAAGGAUUAUCUUCCCCGGCUGAAUGGAAUCAGUCACAGUGAACUGUACAGUGCUACACUGGCACAGCUGUCUGUCAUCACAUCUCUCAAACCCCUUCAAGCCAAAGUGCGCUUCCUCAAGAAUGUAAGUUCACUGCCCCUGUUUGGCUCCAGCAUAUUCACUGCUCAGAAAGUCAGCCAUCGCGGUUGCCCGUCUCCCUGUGUUGUGGCCAUCAACUACGAGACCAUCAGCAUCAUUCACCCUCAAACACAGAUGGCAUCCUUAACAAUCCCACUGGAGGAGGUGCAGUCCUUGCGCUCUCUUCGUCCCAAAAAAGAAAAAGUGCCAGCAGUGGAAAUCCACUUUGGUGAUAAAUCUCAAGUUAAAACCAUCACUAUUUUUCUGAAACAGGCAAGGGAGAUGUGCCACGUCAUUGCUGUAAUCAUGGAGGUGCUGGUGAGUCCACCUGUCAGUGGCUCAGUAUCCAGCCGUACAGGAACCCCUCUGUAACACCAUACUCACAUGUAC